AUGGAUAUAUUCGCCUGGACCCCGGCAGACAUGACCGGGGUCCCGCGCGACAUUACCAAGCAUUGCUUAAACACCUACCCCUCUGUUGAACCGAAAGUCCAAAGACGACGCAGUUUAGGGGCAGACAAAACAAAAGCAAUGAACGAACAAGUAUGUGAACUACUCAAAGCUGGAAUCUUGCAAGAAGUACGUUAUCAAAGUUGGGUCGCGAACCCAGUAAUGGUGGAAAAGGCGAGCGGAGGAUGGCGAAUGUGCAUUGAUUAUACUGAUCUCAACAAGGCAUGCCCUAAAGAUUGUUACUCUUUGCCUGAGAUCGACAAAAAAAUAGACUCCCUCGCGCCAUACAGAUGGAAGUGCUUCUUAGAUUGUUACAAGGGGUACCAUCAGGUUCAAAUGAAGCUCGAAGACGAAGACAAGACAGCUUUCAGAACCGAUCUCGGGAUCUUCUGUUAUACAAAGAUGCCAUUCGGUCUAAAAAAUGCUGGCGCCACAUACCAGCGCCUGAUGGACAAGACCUUCGCUGGGGAUAUUGGGAAGCACAUUGAAGUUUACGUCGAUGACCUGGUAGUAAAAAGUCCCAAAGAGGACCAAAUGUUGAAGGACAUCGAGAAAACCUUUAACUCACUGAGAAGCGUGAACAUGAAAUUGAAUCUAGCCAAGUGUUCGUUUGGUAUGGAGGAAGGGAAAUUCUUGGGCUUCAUAGUCACCAAUGGCGGAUUUAAGGUGAAUCCAGAAAAAGUCCAAGCAAUAGAGCGCAUGCCAUCCCCCAAAAAAAUCAAAGAAAUGCAAAGGCUAGCUGGCCGCCUGGCCGUGCUUAACCACUUCCUGUCAAACCACGCCGCAAAGUCGUACCCUUUCAUAACUACUUUGCGCAACUGUGUAAAGAAGCAGGAAUUCAGGUGGACGCCUGAAGCAGAAAGCGCUUUUCAGCAAAUGAAGGAGUGUUUGAUCGAACUCCCAACGUUAACCGCGCCGUUCGAAAAAGAGCCGCUCAUCUUGUACUUGUCAUCGUCAGACAAGGCAGUGGGUUCGGUGUUGCUCGUAGAAAGAAAUGGGGUCCAGACUCCAAUCUACUAUGUCAGUAGAAUGCUCACAGAUCCAGAAACAAGAUACUCCACGAUGGAGAAACUAGUACUAGCGCUAUUACAUGCCUCCAGGAGGCUGCGCCGAUACUUCACAGGCCACGUUAUCACCGUACUGACCAACUUUCACAUUGGGACGAUAUUGCAAAAACCGGAGACAUCCGGGCGAUUAGCGAAGUGGGCAAUCGAGCUGGAGGGCCACAACAUUUUGUAUAGGCCGCGCCCAACCAUCAAAGGUCAGGUCCUUGCAGACUUUAUAACAGAAGUCCCAACGAAAAAGGUCAAAGAUUGUGAAAUUGUUGAAGCUCCCAUAAAAGACGCCUCAGAUGGGCUAUGGUUCAUAUACACAGAUGGUGCCUCAAACGAGGACGGCUCAGGAGCCGGGCUGCGCCUAGUGAGCCCUGAAAAGCAUGAGUUUACAUACGCCAUCAGGUUGGAUUUUAAAAAUACCAACAAUGAGGCGGAAUACGAGGCAUUCCUGGCAGGCUUGCACCUCGCCAUUAAAAUGGGAGCAAAAGACCUACAAGCACACGUUGAUUUACUCUUGAUUGCCAGUCAAGUGAACGGAUUCUACGAUGCAAAGGGCGACGUUAUGGCCCUGUAUCUGGGUCAAGAGAAAGAGCUGCUUCAGAAAUUCAAGACAUACAGGGUGGUACACAUAAAUCGCUCUGAAAACAAACAAGCAGACGCUUUAAGCAAGCUCGCGUCAACCUCCUUUCAGCAUCUUGCAAAGGAGGUCAGAAUUGAGGUGCUCAAAAAUCCAUCAGUCCUGCUGCGACAAGUGAACGUGAUCGAAAUGGGGCAACCAUCCUGGAUGACCCCUAUAAUCCGCUAUCUGCAGGAAGGGAUACUCCCAGAGAACAAAGCAGAGGCAAGGAAAAUCCAGCACAAAUCCCUACACUAUGAAAUGAUUGAUAGUAUUCUGUAUCGGAGAUCUUUCUUAGGUCCCUUGUUGCGCUGCGUAGAUCCCCAAGACGCAAAUUACCUAAUUCGAGAAAUCCAUGAAGGGAUCUGUGGUAUCCAUGCGGGACCGCGCAUGGUUGUUGCGAAGAUCAUGAGCGCCGGGUAUAAUUGGCCAGUGAUGCAUGUCGACGCCCUGAAGGAGCUGCGCAAAUGCGACUGCUGUCAGCGGCACUCUCCAAAGACCCUGCGCUCUAAAAAUGAUCUUAUCCCAGUAUCCACUGCUUGGCCUUUCCAACAAUGGGGGAUUGAUAUGGUGGGACCCUUCCCAGAUGCCCCCGGAGCUGUAAAGUUUAUAAUCGUGGCUGUCGACUAUUUCACCAAGUGGGUGGAAGCCAAAGCCCUCGCAUCAACCACUGCCAUGAUGAUGCGCAAGUUUAUCUGGGAGCACAUCAUCUGCAGAUUUAGUCUUCCACUCAAGAUCGUCACAGAUAACGGCACCAAUUUUGCCUCAGAGGAUCUUAGAAAAUGGAUGAAGGAAAUGAAGAUAGAACAUACCUUCUCAUCCGUUGCGCACCCUCAGGGCAACGGUCAAGUGGAAAGCGUAAACAAAAGCAUCGUGGAGGGGAUAAAAGCCCGACUGGUUAUCCCGGCAGAAGUUGGUCUCCCCUCGUCGCGCUUGACAGCAGUCAACACGGUCGAUAAUGAAGCAGAGCGUCGCCUCGAUCUAGACCUCUUGGAAGAAAGACGCGAGAUUGCACGUAUUAAGGAAGCGAAAUACAAGAUACAACUGGAAAGGUACUACAAUGCGAGAGUCCGCAUUUGUACCUUCACUCCAGGAGAAUACGUUUUCCAUGAUAAUGAAGCUUCAAACGCCGAACGCCCUGGAAAGCUAGCACCCAAAUGA